CUUGAGCUUUUUGUCUCUUUGAAUAUUUUGCAUUUUCCAACAUUCUUUCUCUCUUCUUCUUGGUUUUUCAAUCUUCCCUCCGAUUCAAGCAAAAUCCCUAUCGACCCACAACAAAUUCUAAGGUUUUAAUUCGGCGAUUUUGGCCGAAUUAAAUUUAUCUAUAUGAAUUUCGUCUACGAAACUUUUCAAAUCGUAUACAAUUCUCUUAGUACAGUGGAAAAAUAUGAGAAGACCCAAUCACAUGAUGAGGCUUCUACUAACAUCCCUUUUCGGGGUUAUUGUUGGUUUCCUUAUGGGUAUUACUUUUCCUACCUUGACCUUAACUAAGAUGAAUCUUCCAUCAACAUUGUUCCCUUCGAUUGAUCUUGCAUACAUUGAGGAUAAAUACUCUGACAUAUCAAGACAAAGACUAUUUGGUUCUUGGUCUUCUACAAAAGGCUUAAAAAUCAAUAAGGACAUCCCUGACCCUCCCUUUAACUAUAAUGACACUAAGAUAUGGGUUCCUACUAACCCCCGUGGUGCUGAGAGGCUACCUCCAGAUAUAGUUACACCUGAAUCAGAUUUAUACCUUCGUCGGUUGUGGGGUGACCCUAGUGAGGAUUUAACAACCAAGCAGAGGUAUCUAGUUACAUUUACAGUUGGUUAUGAUCAAAGGAAAAAUAUAGACACUGUGUUGAAGAAGUUCUCAGAUAACUUCUCUAUAAUGCUGUUUCACUAUGAUGGCCGGGCUAGUGAAUGGGAAGUGUUUGAAUGGUCCAAACGAGCUAUUCAUGUGAGCAUUCGGAAACAAACUAAAUGGUGGUACGCCAAGCGGUUUCUUCAUCCGGACGUAGUUGCCCCCUAUGAGUAUAUCUUCAUAUGGGACGAGGAUCUUGGCGUGGAACACUUUAAUUCAGAAAAAUAUUUGGCAGUGGUGAAGAAACAUGGUUUGGAAAUCUCACAGCCUGGGUUAGAGCCAUAUGAAGGGCUUACAUGGGAGAUGACAAAGAAAAGAGACGACACUGAAGUCCACAUGCAUGCUGAGGAGAGGAAUGGUUGGUGCUCUGAUCCAAAUUUACCUCCUUGUGCAGCAUUCGUCGAGAUUAUGACUCCUGUUUUCUCCCGCAAGGCUUGGCGCUGUGUGUGGCAUAUGAUUCAGAACGAUUUGGUUCAUGGAUGGGGUCUAGACUUUGCGGUUCGAAAAUGUGUUCAGAACGCGCACGAGAGAAUUGGAGUUGUAGAUGCACAAUGGAUUAUUCAUCAAGGUGUUCCAUCACUCGGAAAUCAAGGACAACCAGAGAGAGGGAAACAACCAUGGGAAGGGGUGAGAGAAAGAUGCAGGAGAGAGUGGACAAUGUUUCAAGACAGAUUGGAUGAUGCAGAAAAGACUUAUUUUGAAGCAUCUGCUCACAACAAUGCUUCUUCACGGCCUCACCGGUAAAAUCAUUAUCGAAGAAAAAAGGUCUCUCACCCUAACUUGGAGCUAUGCUUUUUAUUUAGUGUUUCUGGAAGAGAACAGUUUGGUAAAAAGAACAAUUUUUUAAGCACAUUUAUUAACAUCUUCUUUUUACCAACUCAUUUAACCAUAUGAGAAUUCCGGAGGAGUAUAGAGGUAUUUUGCUUUCACUUAUAUCAGUCUUUUCAGUGAGCAAGUAAAAUUCUGUUUAAUCGUACGUUGUUUA